UGUUGUGGUUGUCAGUUUAUUUACACUUUAGCGAGUGAGUCAGAUUCACACAAUAUUUUUCAUUCCAGCUACGUGCGUCUUGGUUACCUUUUGUAUUUUUAGCUGGGAUCUAAAAGUUAAUAGUUGAAACAUAAAGCAAUAUGCAGCCUAAAUGAUGAUGGUUCCAGAAGAAAGCUCCAACGCCAACGCUGCUGUCGACCCAAGUAAACCACUCCCAUCGCCCGUGUGGAGCAGCGACUUUAUAUCCGUCUGUGCCAGUACUGUAAAUGUGGUCACAAAUGAUACAGAAUACUGGUUGGAAUCUUCGGGUACAGGGCUCAGUUUUGGUGGCACACAACGAGUACCGAGUGGCGUGACUUGGCGAAGCUUGGUGGAUGGAUGGCUCCAACUCGUGGGGGUGGCGAAUGGGUGCGAAGUGCGUGGCAUCAUUCGUUUGGAUCGUUGGCUAGUCCCAGGAGGAGGAAGUCAGCAAAUAAUGGCGUCCCAUGCCGUCCACUCCAUCCUCGUUCCCGUCGACCAAAAGUCUCUUUUUACAAAGAAACUGGAUGGCCAGUGGUUAUCUGUGGAGGAGUUACUGAGUCUUCAAGCCGAGGGGAAGGUUACUUCAGUUGAAGUUGUGGAUACGAUUUUGUCUUUGGAGUUGGGCGAUUUACGAGGGGCCGCACUAGGAACGGAACUGCAUACGAAGGAUAUUUUUCUCGGCCUCGAUCUAAUGAAGCAAAAGCGAUCCGGACUCGAACUUAUCGUUCAGGCUGCACAAAUUGGACAGUCUGAGCAAGAACUUUUAUAUAGAGAUUUUCUUCGAUUUACGCUCCCAUUUUUAGUAAUGGGCCGGAGACAGUUUUCGCGUUUCAUGGCCCAGCUAGGUUGGAUGGAUGAGGGUGUGCUGGGGGAACUGUUUAGAACUUUCGACAUGGGAAAUCGUGGCGGUAUAACGUUCCGUGAUUUGACAUGCGGUCUGGCUGUCAUAGAACCUGGCACUCAGCAUGGUGGGCCGCAAGCCGAAAUAAGAUGCCGUUAUAUAUUUAGAUAUUUUGAUAAGAAUAAUGAUGGACGGCUCGAUUUUUCGGAAUUUCGAAAUAUGGUUGCCUCAAUUCGAAGAGCGAAAGGCCUGGCUGACGAUAUCAACUCGAUUCAAGAUGACGCUGAGAAGAGUGCGGUCGUAUUUGGAGAUACAAUUUCCGAAACGCUUGGACAAACUGAAUUCUUAACAGCUGUGGGACAACUCAAGUUUCGUGGGACGUCACAUCUUCUCCGGUCUCCAACCUCGAUAGUUGCUUAUCUAAAGAAACUUUCAAGUGGUGAUGCUGUUAGUGGUAACGGUAUUGUUUCUGCUGCCACUCCUCCUCCGACCUAUCGGGUAGAAACGAGCACUAGUCAGUCGCAGUCUUUGCUCGGAGACUCUGGCCUUAUCAUUAUGACUGAUGUGCAAGCCGAUUUACAAUCUUAUGAUGUAGCCACGCAUUGUGUUCGUGUUAAGAGAUCUGGUACAAUUCUGGAUAUUCACUCGUUGUGGGAUAUUGAGCAUAGUGGCUUAGCACCUGAUACUCCAGGAAAGAAGAUCUUAAUCGGUGGAGGAGCAAACCGCAUUAAAUCCCUCGAAAACUUCAACCAAACUUCAAAACCAAACGAAAUGUUAAAUGGUUUACGUUAUUUUGAAAGACAGAUUGUGAAUGAUCCCACUGGACAGUUAAAACCUAAACCAGCCUUUGACUGGGGGCUCAUUGAUAGGGCCUCACUGGCCAGAUGUAUCAUCUCUUUAUGUCAACAAGUCACGAAACUAUUCAUGUCUGAGCCUCGGCUAAUUCAACUUUCUUCUCCUGUCUACAUUCUUGGUGACCUACAUGGAAAUUUUCCGUGCCUUUUAAGCUUUGAAAAAGCUUUAUGGCGCCUUGGCCCUUCUCUUACUCCUGCCAGCUUUCUCUUCCUUGGGGACUAUGUGGACCGAGGAGCGUUUAGUAUUGAAGUCAUCGCAUAUCUUUUCUCACAUAAGCUUUCGGCCCAACAAAAAAUUUUUCUUCUCAGAGGUAAUCACGAGAUCCGUGAAGUUCAGCAAAUGUUUUCAUUCUACACGGAAUGUCUCACCAAAUUUGGAGAAGUUCAGGGUAUUGAAGUCUGGAAUGCUGUGAACGAUGCCUUUGAUGCUUUGCCGCUAGCCGCAGUGAUUGAUAAAAAGAUAUUUUGUGCACAUGGAGGAAUUCCUCCACCAUGGAUCGGUCACGGAAUGGUAUCCCCUAUAAAUUCUAUCCCUGUUCCCCUCCCACGUCCAGAGGAACAAAGUAAAUUAUCGUGGGAGUUAAUGUGGAGCGACCCCAUUCACACGGAUUCCUUGACACCAGAGCAGUUGACAGAAUUAUCACUAGAUCAAGGGUUUGCUGAUAACAAACGUCGCGGAACGGGUCAUGUUUUUACUUCCCAGGCUCUAGAAGCUUUCUUGCAAAGAAAUCAUUUUUCUCAUGUGAUCAGAGCCCAUGAGGUUCAACAGGCUGGAUUUAAGGUCCAACUAGAUGGAAAGUUACUGACCGUCUUCUCUUCUUCUAAUUACUGCGGUGGUAGCAACGAGGCAGCGUGCAUUUUAGCCGACAAAUUUAAAUUGAGAACAAUUCGUAUCGACACGACCACGUAAAUUUCUAGUCGCUAAAAUUUGUAACCACAAGGAUUACUAUUUCCCAGGAGUUAAAAUGUAUUUAUACAGAUAUAUAUUUUUUACAACUGUCACAAAGGUAUAAUCACCCACUUUUCAUACUCAAAAUUGUCUUCAUAUAAUUUUCAUACAAAAAAUUGGUACAUAAAAUUGUUCGUAUACAAAAUACCCUUACAUA